AUGGCCAAACAGUUCCACCGAAUCCCGCACCGCGACGAGGCGAUUGGUGUGCCGCCUCAGUACGACGGCAUCGCCGACUUUACGUUCGACCGCUACGAGGACAUGGAAGCCUUCUACAAAGACCCGUUCUACCUGGAGCACAUCCGGCCGGACGAGUUGAGAUUCAUUGAUGUCGACAACAUCGUCUUCAGCGUGGGCAGGGACGUCAAGGUCAUCGAGGGAGGAAAAAAUGUCCAUUCAACCCCGACGGGCUAUUAG